CAUACGCUCACUGUGCAGACGAAGUGUGCGAGUUGAGAAAAGAAAAUUUUUUGUUGAAACAAUUUUCUCGAGAAGAAUAAUGGAAAAAAGCACAGAAGCUGCUGAGAGGCGUCUAUGGAUUGGAAAUCUCGACAUAAGGGUGACUGAGUAUCAACUCGUGAAAAUAUUGCAAAAAUACGGUGAUAUCGAAAAUUUUGAACUGGUCUACCAUCGCACGGGACCCCUAGCUGGCCAAUCGCGAGGAUAUGCCUUUGUGACGUACAAAACCAAACAAAAUGCCACUACGGCGAUACAGCGUCUUACGGGGAAGCAAAUUGAUGGGAGAAGUAUAGCCGUGGGGUUGGCAAAGACCUUCAGUGAGGGUGAAGAUAGAGCAAAGCCUAAGAUUGAAAUACCCGCCCUUGGGGGCUCCGCGGGUGCAACCUCAUCGAGUUCAUCGUCUGACAGGAAAAAGUUCGCAAUUCAAGCCAUCGAAGCGAAGCUAAAAGUUUUAGAAUCUCAGCAAUCCGGUGAUGAUUUUGAGGUUAACAAGAGUGUCUCAAGUGAGGCAUCUGUAAUUCAGCGUUACCAAUUCAACAAAGGUCCCGAAAGGACACAGAGGAAUACCAUGGUUAACCGGCAGAGGCCACGACACAAAAACUCAGGACCCUACAAUCGUCAUACAAAGCGCUAAGGCGCCUUUAUUUCCUAUACAAAAAAAAAUGUAAUUCUAAAGAAUAAACUCACCAUGAAACUCAA